CACCUGUGUUAACGCCUCAGAUUAAAGUUGAGAUCCUUGAACCUUUGUCAAGAGCUGUUUCUGAUUUUGCGCGUGAAUAUAGUAUGGGUGGAGAUUCUCACGUGCCCAAGAGUGCUGUGUUAUCGGCAUUACAUAUAUUUUCGAAAUUAUUCAGAGAAGAUGAAUUUACAAAAUUUUUCCUGGAAUCCGAUGUGUUUCCCGUAAUCGGACAAUUAUUCGAGUUGACCUUUGUGAAACCUCAGGGGAGUCUAUAUGUGGACAUGAAAAAUGUUCAGGAGUGUGCCCAGGAAUGCUGGGAUCAAAUUUCAAAGGCAUGUGAUUCUCACUCUCAAAGGGAAGCUUUCAUCGACCAUAUAGUAUGUCAGACAAAAAUUGCUCUCCUUGAUACAAACUAUUCUGCAAG